CAGAAGCGCCAAUUAUUUGUUCUACCACUUCAUCCACCAAUUACGCAGUCCACGGGACAGAGGUAGCUUAGUUUCCCUGAACGUCCGCAACUCGUCGCAAUGGCUCGAGCUGCGCUUCUCGCGCUCUCCCUCGCGCUUCUCGUCCUCGCGGCGCAUGCCGGCAGCCCCAUCACGAGCUCCUCCGCGAACGAGAAGCCCGACCAGAGCAGCAAAAAGGACGACGGCCUCAUGACCGAGAUCCCGGCCGCCAUCGCGAAGGCGGCUGCUUCUGGCGACGCCGCUGGUGUCACCUACGUCGAUACCGCGCAGGAUACUUUCUUCAUGGCUGAUGUGAAGAAGGCCGGGUGGAACGCGCAGAAAUGCCCCCCGGGUUUGAACAAGGAGCUCGCGGGCGCGUGCACUCCCAAGAAUUGCUCCAAGGGUGGAAUCGCCGCCAAGUGGAAGACCGCGUACCUCCAGAAGAACAAGCUCGGUUACGAGCUGUACGUGCCGGGCAACCCGCUGACCCUGCUCAAGGCGAACCCCUCCUCGUGCUGCAACACUUGCGCUGCGACGCCGCUCUGCACCUACUGGCAGUACAUCCCCGACAUUACCAUCGAUGGCAAGAAGGGCAAGGGCGCGUGCUACCUUAUCCACGACCAGAUUGACUUCACCUGCGGAGAAAUGACCGCGCAGUACUCAACCGAGACCAAGCCCGUGCCGCUUCAGGUGCGCAUCGGCGGGGAGUGCAACCCGAGCGCGAAGAUCCUCAACGACCCGCAUCUGGUUGGCGCGCACGGCACUCACUUCGACUUCAACGGCCGCCCCGACAAGGCCUUCUGCCUGCUCACCGACCGCGACCUCCACGUGAACAUGCUGCUGAGGGGGUAUUAUGAUGAGCGCACCGAUAACGCCGCGCUCGUGGUCGACGGCAAGGCCGUGCACACCUGGAUUAAGGAGCUCGGCAUUGUCUGGACCGCGAAGGGCGUGGACCACAAGAUUCGCGUUGCGGCGCGCAGCGGCAAGCAGCAGGAGCGCGGCGAUGGAUUCGUGAAGAGCAUCGAGAUCGACGGCGAGGAGAUCCCUCGCAUGCAGGUUGGCGACAGCGUUACCAGCGAGGGCGGUUUGACGAUCCAGUUCCGCGGGCUCGAGAAGGAAGGACCGUUCGAUGUGGAUUACUACCUGCUGUCGAUCGACGGUCUGAUUUCGCUCGACCUCCGCCUGCGCGUGGCUCACCCGAAGCUCCAAACCCCGACCGACGCUGAGGCGCACAUCAACGUCGGGAUUGCCGAGCUGACGCACACGGACGAGAUUCACGGCGUGCUGGGGCAGACUUACCGCGAGGAUCACACCCAGCGCGCGGAGGACUUCCAGAAGUUGAUCGCAAGCCUGCACCGUCCGAUUUCGGCUGAUGGCGCGGAGGGCAAGGGUUUCCUUGAUGGCACCCCCCGGUCGUAUGAGGCGAGCGAUGUGCUCGCUGUGGACUGCGCUUAUACCGCGUAUGGCCGCGCCAGGCAGGUGAUGCCGUAAAGCGCUGACUCGUGUUGUACUAUACGUGUGCUUUUGUGUUGUAUCUGCUAUACGGCAUGCUGUUACCCAAGUCUAAAUUUAACAAUUCUAUCAUUUACAA